AUGUUUCGAUCCAUACUAUUAUUCUUUAUAUAUUUACCAAAAUUAUGUACAACAAUUUCCUAUGAUGGAAUCAUUCAUCGAUCAUCUGAUGGUAGUUCUUAUGCAUAUCUUUCUCCACCAAGAACAGGAAAUCAUGCAUCAUUUAUUGAACAAAUGACACCAACUGGUACUUUAGCAGUUGCUUGGUUUACAGGUGGUGAAAAUUUACCAAAUUGUUCAAUAGCAGUAUCAAUUCUAGAAAUUAAAUCACAACAAUUUACUCCUGGUAUUAUUGUAAGUGAACGUAUUAAUUAUUCAAAUCAAAAUCCAGUACUCUUUUGGGAUAAUGAAACACAAAUAUUACAUUUAUAUCAUUCAUCACAAUUAAGUUACUCAUUUAUACUUCGAUCAAAUUUUGUUACUUCAAGUUGGACACGUACUGAUAUUCCAAUGACUACUAAUCUUGUUCAACCGUCAAUUGUUCGUUUGACUAAUUCUUCGAAAUUACGAACAUUUUUUCGUGAUCGAAAUGCUGUAUCAAUAUAUUAUGCUGAUAGUUAUGAUGAUGGAUUAACAUGGACAGUGUUAAAAUCUACAUCUUUACCAAAUAAUAAUGCAGGUAUUGAAGCAUAUACUUUAAAAACUGGAGCUUUAGUUAUAGCAUUCAAUAAUCAUAAUGGAACACAACAACCAAGAUCACCAUUAACAGUUGCACUAUCUUAUGAUAAUGGAAUAACAUGGCCAUAUCAAAGAAAUAUUCAAAUUCAUGAUGAUGAUAAUAUUACAAAAAUAGGAGAAUAUUCAUAUCCAUCAUUAUUACAAAGUUUUUGGAGUGAAAGUGAUGAUAAUGAUAUUCAUUUAGUCUAUACAUAUAAUAGAGAAACAAUUAAAUAUGUUCGAUUUAAUGAAAAAUGGAUUAAAUUUAUCAACACAGAAAUUGAAUUUCUUUUAUGA